CAUCACCGGGAUCCGCACAGUGAACAUCACUGUGAAGAUCACCGGGAUCGGCGGGAACGGGAGCGGAAUCACCGAGAACAUAACCGAGAACAUCACCGGGGUCGGCGGGAUCACAGGGAACGGGAGCGGAAUCACCGAGAACAUAACCGAGAACAUCACCGGGGUCGGCGGGAUCACAGGGAACGGAACCGUAAUCAGCGGGAACACCAAGGUCACCGGGAACGGCGCCAGCAUCAUCGGGAUCAGCAUCAACAUCAGCCGGAUCGCCGGGAACGGCACCGGGACCAGCGGGAUCACCGGGAUCACCGGGAUCGGGAGUGGCACCGGGCUCGGGGCCGCUGGGACCGCCGCCGCUCCAGUGAAGCCAACAGGCUGGAACUAGGAAGGCAGCAGAUGGAAUACACAAUGGCUCAUCCACACCUGGCGGGGCAGAGGCGGCUGGAGCUGCAGAGGAGGCUGGCGGCGGUGCGGCGGCGGCGGCGGCGGGCGCUGCGCAGGAACCGCGCCCUGCGCCGGGAGCUCCUGCAGCUGCGGGCUCACAUGGACACCGCGGCCUGGGACAGCAUCCGGGACAUGGAAGAGUGGUACGGGAGGGAAAUUAAAAACCUGUUAUCCCUUGGAGAGGGCAGCUUGUCAGCAGGAGGUGACAAGGAGGAAGGAUCCAGCCAGCAGGUGCUGCAGGCUGGCAUUGGCAGCAGAGCUGUGCCGGGAGAGCUGGGCUGCCCCACCCCAGCUGCCUCGGCCACUGCAGCUGUGGGCUCCCAGCAGGAGCCCCCAUCCCCUAAAGGACUCUGCACUGACACUGGCACUGCUGCUGGAGAGAGUGAGGAGGGAGCAGCAGGACACAGGGACCUGCCUGCCAGUGAGGAAGGCUCUGAGCAGCUCAGCUCAGCCUCUGGUGCCAGAGCAGCCCCCCCGAGGCCAGGACAUGUUCCAGGGGUAGAGCCUGGCCUGAGCAGGCAGGGCAGCAGUGCCGAGCUCCCAGUCCCUGCUGAGGAGGAGGAGGAGGCGAGGCCGAGCAUUCCCGACACACAGCAGGAGCAGGGCAGGGAUGCCCGGGCUCUGGAGCCCUUGGACAGCUCAGCACCACACAGGAAUGAGCUCUCAGAGCUCUGCCACACGCUGCAGCUCCUGCAGGACCUGGUGGAGAGGACGAGCCCCCAGCACCGGGCUCUGUACCAGGGCCAGCCCUUGGAGCUGCUCAGUGCUGGAGCUGGAGCUGGCAGGCUGGCUCAGGGUGACCUGGAGGUGAUGGAAGCCCUGGUGCUGCAGCAGCUCCAGCAGGCCGUGUCCCCAAGGAGCAGGAGCCUCCCAGAGGAGCACAGCAGGGACGCGGAGGCGCUGAGGGCUCUGCUGAGCCACCACGGCUUGUUCCUGAAGCAGCACCGAGUUCGGCUCCCAGAGGGCGUGGCAGAGAUGUUUGAGCAGCUGCUGGCUUCGGGAGAGGAGAGGCAGGACGGCCAGGUGCUGAGAGAGCCCCUUCCAGGAGAGCCUGGGCAUGGGCCACCUGUCCAGAGUGAGGAAUCCUCUCUCAGCCUGCCAUCAAUCCCAAGCAAGGAAGGAAAGCAGGGGGAGCUGGCACAGAAAGAACCAGACGGGGAUCGUGCCCACGGCAGUCCUGAAGGAAGUGCCAGCCUGGGCACGCAUUUGGAAAGCAGCUCUGUGUCAGAUGGAAGCACUCCUCCCUCCUCCAGGACUGAACUGCGGAAGGAAACGGUAGCUGCCAUAAAGUCCAAAGCCUUCUGGGGCGAAUCUGACGAGAGCAGCUCCGAGCUCGAGGCUGCCCUGCGCCCACAGGCCCAUGGCGCGGACUCGGACGACUUCGACGACUUCUAUGACUGAGAUUGUCCCGCUGGCUUUUGGGAGGGAAGAGACGAGCUGCGGUUCCUGUAACACAGUGAGUGUGCCGCUGCUCGUCACUUUAUUGGCGGAGAACAUGUAAAUACCAAAUAAAGGUGAUGGGUGCCA